AUGAUCCUGAGGUUCAGAUCGAAGCAUGGGAUGCAGCGCGUUAAUUGCGAGGGGAGCGAGCAGUUCGGAACGGUGCUAGAUCGAUGGGUUAAGCUGGUGCACGAGCGGGCGCCGCGAGAGGCCAUGGAGGUGGGUGUGGCAGAGCGGCAAAUCGAGACACGGAUAGCAGCGGAGAUGGCGCAAAAGACGGUGGAGCAGCUCGGGCUCAAGCACGGGGACAUGCUGAGUGUGAGCUUCAAAGAGACGGGCGGGUCGCUGGCAGUGGCUGCGGCGCCGGAGCGCAGCAGCGAGCUCGCGGUGGACCGGGAGCUGGCGCGCGAGGAGGGACUGAUCCGGCGCUCGCACUCGCGCCUCUGCCGACACGGCGACCGGGGGAUGUGCGAGUACUGCUCGCCACUGCCCCCUUGGGACCGAGGGUACCAGCAGGAGCAGAACCUCAAGCACAUAUCCUUCCACGCGCACGUCAAGGAGCUCAACGAGCAUACAAACAAGAAGGCGAGCGGCAGCACGUACAUCCCGCCGCUGUCGCCGCCGGACUUCCACGUGAACAAGCAUUGCCCCGCGCCGCACGAGCCCUGGCCGCGCGGCAUCUGCUCCAAGUGCCAGCCGUCGGCGAUCUCGCUGCAGCAGCAGGAAUUCCGGAUGGUGGACCACGUGGAGUUCCAGCAUAGCGAGCUCGUGAACGAGUUCAUCAACACCUGGCGCAGCACCGGCAUGCAGCGGUUCGGCUAUCUGUACGGGCGCUACGCGCGCUACGACAACACACCGCUGGGCAUCAAGGCCGUCGUCGAGGCGAUCUGGGAGCCCGAACAGCACGACGAGCAGGACGGCCUGACCAUGGACACCGUCGCGGUGCGCGUGAGCGUAGCCGCCGUCGACGCCAUCGCCGCGGACAUGGGCCUGAUGCGCCUCGGCAUGAUCUUCACAGACCUCACGGACAGUGGCAGUGGCGACGGCUCCGUCUUCUGCAAGCGCCACAAGGACUCGUUUUUCCUCUCCUCGCUCGAGGUCAUCACCGCGGCCCGCCACCAGCUGCACCACCGCAACGCGUGCCGCUUCAGCGACCAAGGCUUCUACUCCUCAAAGUUCGUCACCUGCGUCGUGUCCGGCAACCUCCAGGGCGAGAUCGACGUCGCCGCCUACCAGGUCUCCACCGACGCCGAGGCGCUCGUCGACGCAGACAUCAUCUCCGGGUCCACGCACCCCUCCAUGGCCUACAUCAACGAGCCCUCCGCCGAGCGCUACGUCCCCGAGAUCUUCUACAUGCGCCGCAACGAGUACGGCAUCACGAUCAAGGAGAACGCUAAGCCCGCCUUCCCCGUCGACUACCUCAUCGUCUCCCUCACCCACGGCUUCCCUGUCGCCGCAGACACCCCGCCCACCUUUCAGGCCCACACCGGCUUCCCCUGGGCCAACCGCCAGGCCAUGGGCCAGUCCCAGGACUACCUCGAGCUGCGUCGCGUCCUCCUGCCGUCCAUCGCCGCCGGCGACUACACCGAGCUCCACCGCCGCCUCUCCAGCUUCCACCUGCUGCUGUAUCUACACUCCCUGCAGAUCCUCGACGCGUCCGAGUGGCGCCGCCUGGUCACCGUCGCCACCACGCCCGCCCCGCGCGGCGUGGAGGCUGUCUACGAUCUCAUUUCCGGGCCUGGCUGGCAGACCCUGGUCAUGAUCCUGCAGGAGGCUGCAUAG